AUAAUACCCACCAGCCUUGUGGAUCGCUUCACCAUGUGGCCGUGUGUAUACGUAGGUGUUUCCACUCUGCCGUCCGUAUCCACUUGCUUCAGUCUAGACUUUGUCUCGGACAGCCAGAAAAGCUUGUGUGUGAGAGUGAAUAUGUCUUUGAUCUGCGGCACGGGGCAGUGCUGGAAUAGUCUCUCCUGUCUUCGACUAUGGCAUCCUCAUGGUCUGGGUAUCAAGAGUCAAAACGAAGGCCUCCGUUAGCCAAUGGAAGAAUGAAACAUCUCCCAGC